AUGAGUUACCACCCGGUGGACACGAUAGGGAGUCCAUUCAGGAGAAGUAUGGAUAGUAGGACCACCUACGGCCGCUCCACUGGCACCCCCUCCAGCGGGUUCCGUUCUCAGUCCUGGUCCCGGGCAAGCCCGGGCUCCACGAUGACCUCCUCCUACAAGAGGACCGUCAAUAUGCCGGUAGCCAGAGCGUACAGCUCCACACUCCUCAGCUCCGCCGACAGCGUUGAUUUCAAUCAAACGAACGGAGACUACAAGCGCUCCAACGAGAAAGAGCAGCUCCAGGGGCUCAACGACCGCUUCGCCGGUUACAUCGACAAGGUGCACUACCUGGAGCAGCAGAACAGCCAGAUCGAAGAGGAGAUCCAGACGCUGCGGCAGAAGCAGGUGUCGCAAUCCCAGCUAGGGGAUUUAUACGACCAGGAACUCCAGGAGCUGCGCUCCAUGCUGGAGCAGAUUCACCACGAUAAAGCGCAGAUCCAGCUCGACACGGACCACGUCGAGGAUGACAUCCAGAGAAUUAGGGACCGCUUUGAUGAGGAAGCCCGCAUCAGGGAUGAAACGGAAGGCAUCAUCCGGGCGUUGAAAAAAGAUAUGACCGACUCUGAUUUGGUGAAGUCAGAGUUGGAGAAGAAAGUUCAGUCACUGCAUGACGAGAUUGCCUUUAUCCGCAACAACCACGAGGAAGAGGUGAGCGACCUGUUCGCCCAGGUGCAGGCGUCGCAGGUGACCAUGGAGAGGAAAGACAUCCAGAAGACGGACAUCACCGAGGCGCUCCGGGAGAUCCGCACCCAGCUCGAGGGCCACUCCAACCAGAACCUGCAGCAGGUGGAGGACUGGUUCAUGUGCCGCUAUUCCAAGCUCACUGAUGCUGCGGAACAAAACAAAGAUGCAAUCAAGUCCGCCCGUGAUGAGAUAGCAGACUACCGCCGCCAGCUUCAGUCCAAGACCGUGGAGUUAGAGUCCGUCCGUGGAACCAGGGAGUCACUGGAGAGGCAGUUGAAUGACAUCGAGGACCGACACAACAGCGACUUGUCCAGCCUGCAGGAGACCAUCCACCAGCUGGAUAAUGAGCUCAAGGGCACGAAGUGGGAGAUGGCGCGCCAUCUGCGUGAGUACCAGGACCUGCUCAAUGUCAAGAUGGCCCUCGACAUUGAGAUUGCUGCAUACAGGAAACUCCUAGAAGGUGAAGAGACCCACUUUAGCACUUUCCCUUACCGCCACACCGUCACCUCCUCUAAGAAGUCCAAGUAUGAGCCUCCCAAACUGAAAGUUCAGCAUAAGUUUGUAGAGGAGAUCAUCGAGGAGACCAGGGUAGAGGAUGAGAAGGAUGAGAUGGACCAGGCCCUGGAUAAGAUGGCCCAGGAGUUUUCUGCUUCUCUGGAGGCAGAGGCAACAGAUGACGGAGAGGAUGAGGGAGAAGAGGGAGGAGAAGAAGCAGAGGGAGAAGAGGGAGAAGGGGGAGAGGGUGAAUCAGAAGAGGUUGUAGCCUCCACUGAAGCCCAAGUUAGCUCCAGCACACCUGCUGGGGAGGAAGAGGAGGACAAAGAAGGUGGCGAUGAAGAGGAAAUGGGAGAAAAAGAAGAAGAGGGUGAGAAAGGAGAAGAGGGUGAGGAUGAGGGUGAGAAGAGAGAUGAUACAGAAGGUGGUGAUGAGGGAGAAGGAGAGGGGGAAUUAGAGGAGAUAGUCCUGUGCUCUAAAGCCCCAGAAUCAAAGGCCUCUCCUGACAAAGAGAAGGCUGGAGAGAAGGAGGGAAGCGGAGGAGAAGAGGAGACAGGAGAGGGAGAGGGAGAAGUGAAGGGUGAUGAUCAAGAUGAAGAUGCAGGUAGUGACAAAGGAUCCAAAGAUGGAGAUGAUAAGGAUGAGGAAGAUGAGAAGAAAGGAAAGGAUGAGAAAGAAGACGAAACAGAUGAGAAGGCAGCUGUAGCCAAGACAGAGUCUCCCAAAACAGAAUCCCCCAAGACUGAAUCCCCAAAGGCUGGGUCUCCCAAGUCUGAGUCACCAAAAGCUGGAUCCCCCAAAAAUGAAUCCCCCAAAGCUGUAACCCCCAAAUCUGAAUCUCCAAAACCUGGCUCCCCCAAAUCUGAAUCCCCAAAAACAGGCUCCCCCAAAUCGGAAUCCCCCAAAUUAGGAUCCCCCAAGGCAGAGUCCCCUAAGGGUGAGGCCCCCAAACCAGAAGCUCCAAAGUCAGAGGCCCCCAAGGCUGCAGAAGAGAAAGUAGACAAAAAGAGUGAUUCAGAGGAAGAGAAGAAGGUAGAAAAGAAAGACGCAGCCAUGAACGGAGAUGUGGAGAAGACUGCCCCAGAGGACAAGGACAAGAAGGAUGAGGGUGGGAAAGAGGCAGAGGAGAAGGAUGUUAUCUCAAAUGGAGUGGACGAGAGCCCCACUAAAGAUGACCCCGACCAGAAAGAUGAUCCAAAGGACCAGAAGGUGGUCAUCACUAAAACGGUGGAGACCAUCACCACUGGAGAGGACGGGGCCAAGCAUGUCACCAAAUCGGUCACUGUCACCGAGACUGUGAAGGAGUCUGAGGAUGUGAUGCAGGAGAAGACAGUCUCCAGCAAGAAGAUGGAGAAACACUCUUCCCAGUCCGUCAAGGUGGUGACUGAAACUGAGUAA